GGUAGUGGCAGCGCCGGCAGCCGACCGCAAGGAUUGCGCUCAGUGUCGGAACCGAUCCCUUGUAGAGUGACCCUGGGGUCUUCUUUGUGCUUGCUUUGUGACGUUGAUUGACAUAUGUGCACUUCGGGACACCGGAGGUGUCCUGCCCGCUGCAGACCGAGAGGGAGCCUCCCCUGGUGUCGCGAGCAGGAGGCUGCAUGAGGCAGAGACGCUGAGCUCUGUCCAGAGGCCGGGUUAGAGCAGCUGGAGGCAGCGAGACCCCGCGGGCCGGGGAACGGGAGCGGCACCCAGCACUGAGAUGGCCAGGCCGCAGCCACCGCCCUGGGUCCAUACAGCCUUCCUCCUCUGCUUCCUCGGCCUUGGAGGGGCCAUUGAGAUUCCUAUGGAUCCCAGCAUUCAGAAUGAGCUGCCCCAGCCCCCGACCAUCACCAAGCAGUCGGUGAAGGACCACAUUGUGGACCCUCGCGACAACAUCCUGAUCGAGUGUGAAGCAAAAGGGAACCCUGCCCCCAGCUUCCACUGGACUCGCAACAGCAGGUUCUUCAAUGUUGCCAAGGACCCCCGCGUGUCAAUGAGGAGGAGGUCUGGCACCCUGGUGAUUGACUUCCGAAGUGGUGGGCGGCCGGAGGAGUACGAGGGGGAAUACCAGUGCUUUGCCCGCAACAAAUUUGGCACAGCCCUGUCCAAUAGGAUCCGCCUGCAGGUGUCCAAAUCUCCCCUGUGGCCUAAGGAAAAUCUGGACCCAGUGGUGGUUCAAGAAGGUGCCCCCUUGACACUCCAGUGCAACCCCCCUCCUGGACUGCCAUCCCCAGUCAUCUUCUGGAUGAGCAGCUCCAUGGAGCCCAUCACCCAAGAUAAGCGGGUCUCCCAGGGCCAUAACGGGGACCUGUAUUUCUCUAACGUAAUGGUGCAGGACAUGCAGACCGACUACAGCUGCAACGCUCGAUUCCACUUUACCCACACCAUCCAGCAGAAGAACCCGUUCACCCUCAAGGUCCUCACCACCCGAGGAGUCGCAGAAAGAACCCCCAGCUUCAUGUACCCCUUGGGCACUGCGAGCAGUCAGAUGGUGCUCCGCGGCAUGGACCUCCUGCUGGAGUGCAUCGCCUCUGGGGUCCCAACACCAGACAUCGCAUGGUACAAGAAAGGUGGGGACCUCCCAUCUCACAAGGCCAAGUUUGAGAACUUUAACAAGGCUCUGCGAAUCACCAACGUCUCCGAGGAGGACUCUGGGGAAUAUUUCUGUCUGGCGUCCAACAAGAUGGGCAGCAUCCGGCACACGAUCUCGGUGAGAGUAAAGGCUGCUCCCUACUGGCUAGACGAACCCAAGAACCUUAUCCUGGCUCCUGGCGAGGAUGGGAGGCUGGUGUGUCGAGCCAAUGGGAACCCCAAGCCCACUGUCCAGUGGAUGGUGAAUGGGGAACCUUUGCAAUCAGCACCACCCAACCCAAACCGUGAGGUGGCCGGGGACACCAUCAUCUUCCGGGACACCCAGAUCAGCAGCAGGGCCGUGUACCAGUGCAACACCUCCAAUGAACACGGCUACCUGCUAGCCAAUGCCUUCGUCAGUGUGCUGGACGUGCCGCCUCGGAUGCUGUCACCACGAAACCAGCUCAUUCGGGUGAUCCUGUACAACCGGACACGGCUGGACUGCCCCUUCUUUGGGUCCCCCAUCCCCACACUCCGAUGGUUUAAGAAUGGGCAAGGAAGCAACCUGGAUGGUGGCAACUACCACGUCUACGAGAAUGGCAGUCUGGAAAUCAAGAUGAUCCGCAAAGAGGACCAAGGCAUCUACACCUGUGUCGCCACAAACAUCCUGGGCAAAGCUGAAAACCAGGUCCGCCUAGAGGUCAAAGACCCCACCAGGAUCUAUCGGAUGCCUGAGGACCAGGUUGCCAAAAGGGGCACCACAGUGCAGUUGGAAUGUCAGGUCAAGCACGACCCCUCCCUGAAACUCACGGUCUCCUGGAUGAAGGAUGACGAGCCUCUCUACAUCGGGAACAGGAUGAAGAAGGAAGAUGACUCUCUGACUAUCUUCGGUGUGGCUGAGCGGGACCAGGGCAGUUACACGUGUGUUGCCAGCACCGAGCUGGACCAGGACCUGGCCAAGGCCCACCUCACCGUGCUAGCUGAUCAGACCACUCCAACUAACCGUUUGGCCGCCCUGCCCAAAGCACGGCCAGACCGGCCCCGGGACCUGGAGCUCACCGACCUGGCGGAGAGGAGUGUGAGGCUGACCUGGAUCCCGGGGGAUGAUAACAACAGCCCCAUCACAGACUAUGUUGUCCAGUUUGAAGAGGACCAGUUCCAGCCAGGAGUCUGGCAUGACCAUUCCAAGUUCCCAGGCACUGUCAACUCUGCCAUCCUCCAGCUGUCCCCAUAUGUCAACUACCAGUUCCGGGUUAUUGCCGUCAACGAGGUUGGCAGCAGCCACCCCAGCCUCCCAUCCGAGCGCUACAGAACCAGCGGGGCACCCCCUGAGUCCAACCCCAGCGACGUGAAAGGAGAGGGGACCAGGAAGAACAACAUGGAGAUCACAUGGACGCCCAUGAAUGCCACCUCCGCCUUUGGCCCCAACCUGCGCUACAUCGUCAAGUGGCGGCGGAGAGAGACUCGAGAGACCUGGAACAAUGUCACAGUAUGGGGCUCCCGCUACGUGGUAGGGCCGACCCCUGUCUACGUGCCCUAUGAGAUCCGAGUGCAGGCCGAAAACGACUUUGGGAAGGGCCCUGAGCCGGAGACUGUCAUCGGUUACUCUGGAGAAGAUUAUCCCAGGGCUGCUCCCACUGACGUUAAAGUCCGAGUCCUGAACAGCACAGCCAUCAGCCUUCAGUGGAACCGCGUCUACUCCGACACGGUCCAGGGCCAGCUCAGAGAAUACCGAGCCUACUACUGGAGGGAGAGCAGCUUACUGAAGAGCCUGUGGGUGUCUCAGAAGAGACAGCAAGCCGGCUUCCCUGGUGACCGCCUCCGGGGUGUGGUGUCCCGCCUCUUCCCCUACAGUAACUACAAGCUGGAGAUGGUUGUGGUCAAUGGGAGAGGCGAUGGGCCUCGCAGUGAAACCAAGGAGUUCACCACCCCGGAAGGAGUACCCAGUGUCCCCAGGCGUUUCCGAGUCCGGCAGCCCAGCCUGCAGACAAUCAGCUUGGAAUGGGACCAUCCGGAGCACCCCAAUGGGAUCCUCACUGGAUAUUCUCUCAGAUAUGUGGCCUUUAAUGGAACCAAAGUAGGAAAGCAGAUAGUGGAGAACUUCUCUCCCAAUCAGACCAAGUUCAUGGUGCAAAGAGCAGACCCCGUGUCACGCUACCGCUUCACCCUGAGUGCCAGGACGCAGGUGGGCUCUGGGGAAGCAGUCACGGAGGAGUCACCAGCAUCUCCAAAUGAAGCUACUCCAACCGCAGCUCCUCCCACGUUGCCCCCGACCACAGUGGCUGCCACGGGCACCAUGAGCAGUGCUGAUGCUACUGCCAUUGCUGCCACCACCGAAGCCACAACAGUCCCCAUCGUCCCAACUGUCGCACCUACCACCGUCGCCACCACCGUCGCCACAACUACUACAACCACUGCCGCCACCACCAUGGAGAGUCCUCCCGCCAUCUGGACUAAGACACACGAAUCCGCCCCCGAUGAGCAGUCCAUAUGGAACGUCACGGUGCUCCCCAACAGUAAAUGGGCCAACAUCACCUGGAAGCACAAUUUCGGGCCCGGAACUGACUUUGUGGUUGAGUACAUCGACAGCAACCAUACGAAAAAAACUGUCCCUGUUAAGGCCCAGGCCCAGCCUGUGCAGCUGACAGACCUCUAUCCCGGGAUGACAUACACAUUGCGAAUUUAUUCCCGGGACAACGAGGGCAUCAGCAGUGCCAUCAUCACCUUUAUGACCAGUACAGCUUACACCAACAACCAGACUGACAUCGCCACCCAGGGCUGGUUCAUUGGGCUCAUGUGUGCCAUUGCCCUCCUGGUGCUGAUUCUGCUCAUCGUCUGCUUCAUCAAGAGGAGUCGCGGUGGCAAGUACCCAGUGCGAGAAAAGAAGGAUGUUCCCCUUGGCCCUGAAGACCCUAAAGAAGAGGAUGGCUCAUUUGACUACAGCGACGAGGACAACAAGCCCCUGCAGGGCAGCCAGACAUCCCUGGACGGCACCAUCAAGCAGCAGGAGAGCGACGACAGCCUGGUGGACUACGGCGAGGGUGGCGAGGGCCAGUUCAAUGAGGACGGCUCCUUCAUUGGCCAGUACACCGUCAAAAAGGACAAGGAGGAGACCGAAGGCAACGAGAGCUCGGAGGCCACGUCACCCGUCAACGCCAUCUAUUCUCUGGCCUAACGGAGCCCCCCAGGCACCGCCACUACUUUGCAAGUGGGAAGAGAAGAGAUGGGGGGGGACAGAGCCACCACCUUCAGGGACAAGGGCACAACAUGGGGGUCUGCCAAGCUGUGAGGACCACUGACCACCCAGCCAACCACAAGCCCCCUCCCAAUGACCCCACACGCCCGGUGCCACCUGUGUGGGAGAGCUAGACCCAUGGCCAAGCUCAGCUGGAGGGAGCCCAAGCCCCUUGCUCAGCCUCACAGGCACCCUAAGCCUUUCUCCCACACUGCCUGCCCUUGACCUUGACACACACUCACCAAUUUUUGUUGAUUCUGGUACUUCUCAUUGUCUUUAUUUUUGCUCUAUGCAUCUUCUCCAGACUUAAUGUCUCCAUUUUAUUUUCCUUUUGAAAUACCCCUGGAAAAAAUUAGGUGGAUUAUCCGCCCCCUGAAAACUGCAAAGAUAGGCAAAAAAGUUUGGUCCAUAAAAACACAGAGAAAAGCUGCAGUAUUCAAACCACACCGGGCCAAUGUAUUUCCGAAGGAUGCCUUUCUCGCCAUAUGCCUCCCGGUGCCCACAACCCAUCCACCUCGGCCUUGUCACUUGCUGAGCUGGGCUUGGCUCCUUUCUGGGAAAAUGACAGUAUUUUUUGCAGGGGGCGGGAACAGGGCACCCCGCCUCUCUCUGGCUCAGUUGGGAGGUGGGCUUCCCUCUUGCUCCUCACUCUUACCCCGCCCCACCCUCCAGUGUCCACAAUGGGAGCUGCAUCGACUCUGACGAAGGAGCUCAGGGCACAAGCACGGGCACUGGUGAAAGGGGCUCCAACUCCAGUGACUGGUACCUCAAGCAGCAGAAAAUCAGGCGUCUGGUUCCUGGGGAGCUACACUCGCCUCAAGACAGGAGAAAAAGACUGGGUUUGGACUCCUUCUUCCCCAUCAGUGAAACUCAGGGUGUAGGAGUGAGGGCCACACCGACUGCCAUCCAGAGUAGAGGGUGCCCCCCGCUUGGUCAGGGGUCGGCGCCGCUGCCUCAAGAAGAUGGAGCCCUGUGAUACAACAGCCUUGCUGGUGUAUCCUGGAGUGUGAAGCACUGCGCCCCUUUCACCUCCAGCAGGCGCCAUCUCUUCGAUCGCCUCCAUCGAGUUUGGACCUGUGCAGAAGGGCCCUGCCGCCCUGAGGCUGAGAUGGAGCCAGCGUCCUUUCCUGUCCAACCCGGCAGGGCCGGUGCCCUAACAGGGUGGUGAAGCCUGGCCUGGACGACUCAGCGCUCUUCGUAUGCCUUACGCAACUCUGCUCUGUCCCUGCAGUUCCCAGGUUCCCAGCCCCUCCCCGCAAGCCUCGAAGCCUCCAGCAACAACGUCUGUCUCAAGGGAAACGAGGCGGCCUAUGCAAGCGUCACAGCAGAACCAGAAGCAACCACUUGACAAGCCCUGCAACCGUUGCCCCAGGUGGAGACACUCGCAGACCUGCAGUUCUCAGUGACCGAAGGCGCGGCCUUCAUCCACCCCACCUAAUCCACUUUUGAAACCAAAGGUACCUAGUCUCAGAGGAGAGAGAUCUUGAGCCCAAGUGUAGUCCUGUAGCUUCAGCUAGCAUCAAUUUCAGGAGGGGGAAGCUGACCCCAGUAAUGGGCCACCUGCCACAGACAGCCUCUGAGUUGGGUCUCCGGAUGCUUGCCAGGGGACCUGGGCGGGAACAGAGCUAAGUCCUUCAGAGACUUUUUGAAAGCAUCAUUUGCCACGUGUGAAGCCACAAAGGUGUUAGCAGUGCUUGUAUCACUUAGUAAGCAGUCAGUGAAGGUCAAGCCCAUAGAUAUACAUACUCUGCCUGCAGGCAUGAAACCAUAGCCCAAAGCUCAGCCAAUUACAUUGUUUGAACCUGAAAGCAAGUAACUGUCCUUUGGCCUUAGCCAUGGUCAGGUUCACUACCUAGAAGCCCAAGGAGCAGAUCUCUCAUGGUGACAGGCACCAGGUAGAUGGCAAGGGGCAGGAGAGUGAGCUCAGGGGUCCCAUUCCCUGGCUUUGCUCUGACCUGUACCUGGACACAGCUGGGCAUUCCUGCAGCCUAGGCCCAGGGUCCACGAAGGGACUGUCGGGGAAGUGUGCCUGUGAGCCGGAUGAAAGACCGGCCUUUUCGGAAAACACUGGAUCUGUGCAAGGCAGGCAGUUUCUCGGGCCCUGAGUCCGUGCCGCACCUUGCACACUAGUGAACUUCAUUGCACUGAAACAGCCUCUUAGGGCAAGAAGGACUGUGAGAAGUCCCCAUACCCCUCCCCUGCCUCUAGAAGGUCUGCUGCACACUGGUGACCAGGGGAGGGCCUCUGCCGCCACUGGGUCCAGGGGGCGGCGACCUGUCUUUGCUCCUGGUUCCCAUCCUGCCCGGCUCUACGCCGUCCCUCGUGGUGUGUGAAGACAGCGCUGUCGGCCCCAUCGGGAGCCUGCCACACAACCCUCCUGGCAGGUGGGAGCACACCUGGGCCUGAAGACACAAGCUGUUCCCAAGCAAAGGGGGCAGGUACUUAGGGAGGCGUGUGGGUUGCAGGGUUAGGGUUAGGGAGGCAGCCCUCUGGAAGAAGGAAGUCCGCUUUUCAUAGCACCUGCCAGGGUCCGCCCAGCUCAGCAGGACAGCGGUAUUGUCCCACGCUCCCCGCCAGCCGGGGCUCUCAAGCAACCCCCCAAAAUGCCCACCAGUGCUGAAAAGGGUGGUACCUUUGGCACUUCACCCUGUCCGGCUGGGGGAUCAGGCUGGAGGUGGUGGGGGGAGAAGUACAGGUUAUCUCACAGUGACUAGAAGUUCCAUUGCUGUGCACACCUGGGGGCAAGAGCUGUGGCUUCCUUUGCCCUCGUCUGUCCGGUGACUGCCCAGCACCUGCCCUCGAAAAUCCAGCAUGAGCCGGGUUCGGAGCCAUGGGUGCCAUAGUGAAGAGUCAGGCGUGGCCCCCCUUGGGCCUGCCAGUCCUGGACCUGAGUCUUGGAACACAGUGGCAUUGCUUGGGAGCACUCUAAGCAUGCGAGCUUCCAGGGACCCCAGGCUGGAAGGGACAGUGUUCAGAGGGAGAAUUGGUCUGUCAGGCAGGGCAAGACAGGGCAUCGAAACUCGGGGGCAGCGGGGGAGGGGCAGCCCCGCCUCCUGAGCCUCUGCUCUGCCCCCAGGGCAAGGGGCUUAAACUGUCUGUAUUUUGGUGCCUCAGUCUCCCCUGUUCAGUCCCUCCUUGAAUGACUCUCCACAGAGGGACAUGGCCCCACCUGAGGAGCCAAGAGGCUAGUGCCUGGUGAGCCUGCCACUGCAGGGCCAGGGGACAGCCACCACUUGCCUUGCUUGGUUUGUGAAGAAUGGGACCUAUUCUUUCCUACCUUGCUUUUGAGGAGAGGGUUGAGUUUAAGCUAAAGGGAAAACCAAACUGGCUCCUUCCUCUGUCCAUUGCCUUUGCCCUGAGGUGUUGGAAGGGUCUGGUCCACCCCUUUCCUAGCAAACCAGAUCUGGAGAAGGGCCCGCCUGCCUGAGUGGCCGACAGUGCCAGCCUUGCUCACCUGCAAGAGCUGUCUGCCACCUGGGACCAGAGAGCUUCAUCGUUUUCCUGAACGUGCUUGGCCUUAGCAAGGGGAUAGAAACAGAUCCAAGAGUAUCUGGCUUUCUCAGCUGAGGGACUACCUCUCCCCACCUGCACCCAGCAUCCUCGCAAGGGCUCAGCCGCACGUGGGCACACGCACAGCAGACCAAGGCCACGUUGCCGGACGGCUACGCAGAAGGAAUGACGCAGAGUAUGGCGUUGCCUUGGAGGGGCCAAGUCCACACCUUGGCCCGCUUGAGAUGAGGUGUGCAGGGCUGUGUGGGGCACAUCGCCCGAUUCAGGGCACAGGAAAGGCUGCCUGGGCUGGGCCGGUUUGGGCGAUUCCAGAGGGCGACAGGAAGAGAGAACAAGUCUGAUGCAAAGGAGAGUGAACCUUCCCCAGGAACAGCACAAGCAGUGUCUCUUUAAGGCUCCUGGGGCCCUUUGCAAAUCGGAGCCACGUCCCAGAGCAGCACAAACAGCCCCGUGACUGAAGGAAUGAAGGUUCGACAUGUUCUGGCUUUGCCUUUACAAGGCUUGUUGGCUGACACUGAAGAGGCGAGGCUCCUUGGGAGUCUGGUCCCCAGGGGCUGGCGCCACGGAGCCCCUUCUCAGUGGGAGGGUGGCAGGUGCCUGCGAUACAGGCACAGAGCGUGCUCCUCCCUCAUGACACCUUGAUCACGACUCCGGGAGCAUCCACCAAACACAGUCAGGGCCCCUAGAAAGAAAUCCCCUGUGGAUCCUGGUUGAGCUUCGAAGGGCGACCUAGGAGUAGUGUAUAGGAGGCGUCUGAUUUUUUUUAAAGUCAGAGUCAAACAAAACAGAGCUUGACAUGUCAGGAGAUUCAGUGUUCUGGGCGGAGCGCAGCUCCCGGGCGGCCCAGCCUGCCCAGCCCCAGCCUCCCUCCCCCGCUGGGGACAGGCCCUCCUGAGACAGGUGCAGAGAAGGGUCGGAGGGGAAGGAGGACAGCCACCCAGGGAAGCCGCACCGUAACCAGCGCUCCUCUGCCAGCGUGUUAGUGUGAAGUGGAUGUUCCAUAAUGGUAAGGACGCCCGUGAAACAGAUGAAAAGACAUCUAGCAUGGGAUCGGGUUCAGAGUUCAGCACGUGAAGGAAUCCAGGCUGAUCUGACUAAAGCGACUCAUCCUGCAGACAGGGGCACUAAAAUCCGGACAGGCGAAGGGGACUUGCCAGGGUCACACGGCCAGUAAAUGAAGGUGAGGUUAGGGCUUGAGCCCGGGCCCCAUGACUCCUUUCCUAGUGUUCUUGCAUCUCCUCCAGCUGCCUCCUUGGAAACAGAGGUGUUACUCAACUCUGUCCUUCGGUUCCCCCUCGGUACCCCUUCGCCCCUUUCGCCACACGCCCAUAUCCUCCCAAAGUGAAAGACACAAAGGAUUCUUCUGAGUCCAGGGUCAGUCAGUGUGCCAGCCUGUGGUGUGAAGGGCAGACCCAGGCCAGGAGGAGGGUGGUGAGGUGGCUGGUGUUUGUCACUGUGAAGCCUGGACUUGUCGCACGUCGGCCCCCCAGCACGCUGUGCCCCUCGGAGUGAGGGUGUAAGGGGCUCCCUGUCCACUCCACCCGUGAGGCCCUGCCGCGCUGGGGUCCACCGGGCCGCGGUCCAGCACAUGUACGGACUUCAGUGAAGCAAUAACACGAAAUCCGGGACAAGCGACCCGGAAUUUUGUGCACCGCUGUUUCUUUUUCUAAAACGAUGCAGAUCAGAUGACCCUGCCCUGCUGCUCCUUUUUCUCAUCCUAGUGCCACGUCCUCGGUCAGUGUUGCCCCUCUGCCCACCUGCCAGCUCUUGGCCAACCUCACAGCCCUUCUGGGCCGUAGCGUCAGUCGCCUGUGACGUGCGCCUUCUGUCCUGGUCCCACCCCAACCCACGCCGGGCCGUCCCCGUUUGUUCCCUUCGGUGGGAAAAUGUUUCCCCAGUGUCUCCAUCCCUUCUCACCUGUGUGCACACCACACGUCCGAUCUUUUCCCCAUUGGUUAAAUACUUAACUCACUGUGGCAGACGUUGUUUUAACCCCUCUCACAUCGUGUUCUUUCCUUUUGUGAGUUGUUUUGCAUUAACCAACAUCGUUAGCGACAGGCACGUUCCUGAGGGUGUCACGCGCGACCUUCAGCAGGGAAGACGUCUGGGCCAUGGAGGACCAUCUAAUACAUGGACUUAUGAACUGACUGCAUGAGCAAAGAAAAGGCCAAAUUAUUCAGAAUUUUUUUUUGAAUCACUGUAAAAAAACCUGAUUUCUUUUGUAUAGAGAACACUAAACGUAUAAUAAAAGUUGUUCACAAUGGA